UUCAAUUAAAAGGAUCCUUCCAUGCAACUUUGUAGAGCAGGUGAGCAGGUACCAAGUCAAUUGGAUGCGUGAUUUAAAUUACAUAGGAAAGUACCAAGCAAUAUCCUCCCGAAUUAAUAGCAUUACACGUAAAUAUCUCUGAUUAUGGUCAUUUUCUUCAACAAAAACGUAAACGCGUUAUAUGGUGUUGAUGUUUCUCUAUAGGCCCAACCAUUCACACUCCAAACAAGUCCAAUUAUUUCAAAAUCCGCGGCCUAUUAACCCUUCCGCUUACCAAUUCAACCCCAUCCCCAAAACUUAUAUAAAUUCGACCCAACCCGAUUCCCAAUCAAUCCCAUAUCCACCAUAUCUCCAUUUCCAAGAAAGAAGAAAAAAAAAAACCGUUUCUGAAUUCUGAUUCUCUCUCUCUCUGUGUAUUUUGAAUUGUCUCGCUUUUCGAGAUGCCUGAGCCGCACUUGAACGGAGCCUACUACGGCCCCUCAAUUCCGCCGCCGUCGAAGAAGUCGUACCGCCCAGGACGCGGCGGAGGGAGCAGCUGCAACCCGUUCAGCUGCUGUUGUGGGUGUAUUGCCCAAUGCAUCUGCAAUUGCGUCUUCCAAAUCCUCUGCACCCUCGCCGUCGUUCUCGGCGUCAUAAUCUUGGUGCUCUGGCUCGUCUUCCGCCCAAACAAAGUCAAGAUUCACGCCGACGACGCCGCUUUGACUCAAUUCGAGUUUUCCCCAACCAACAACACGCUCUAUUACGACUUGGCCCUGAACUUGACCGUCCGGAACCCUAACAAGAGAAUUGGGAUUUAUUACGACACCAUCGAGGCCAAUGCUCUUUACCAGGGCCAGAGGUUCAAGACGGUGAAUCUGGAUCCGUUCUAUCAGCACCACAAGAACACCACGGAUUUGCACCUUAGGUUCCAAGGCCAACAACUCAUCCCCCUCAGCUCCGACCAGGUCUCCAAUUACAACAACGACAAGAAUUCUAAGGUUUACGGCAUCGAUUUGAAGUUGAAUUUCAGGAUAAGGCUCAAGUUCUGGUGGUUCAAAUCCCCCAAGGUUAAGCCAAAGAUGGAGUGCGAUUUGGAGGUCCCUCUGAUUGCCAACGGGACAUCGUCCGGCACUUUCCAGUCCAAACGGUGUUACCUAGAUUGGUAGUUCUUACCGAUUCCCAGUCCUUUUUUUUGAGUUUCUAUGCUUCGGACUCGCUGAUUCGCCGGUUUUCCCACACAUUCUUUAGUUAUUCUGCUGCCAGAUGCAUUCUUAUUCCGGCUGAUAUAUCGUUUACUCAUUUUUUUUUCCCUGUUUUGGAAUAUAUUCUAGUAGCAUAUCUUGUUCGAUUACUGCAUCAUAUACUCUAGAUUUCUAGUAUAUCUUGGAUAUUUUUUGCAGUAUAUGAUUGUUGCUGCAUCUCUCUCUUUUUUUUUUUUUGUAAAUAAAUAACGAGAUUCUUGUGCGUUUAUUUUAGUUUUUGUGAUUCUUUUCUUCCUUAUAUUGGCCUAUAUUUUGUGGAAUUCUUUCUCCAUUAUCCUUUGCAAAGAUGUAGUUUUAUCCCUGAUCUUACAUUUGGAUGAAUAUCAUUUAGGCUAUAACAUAUGUAUCUGAAUUUUCGAAAUGGGCAUUUGGGUGAGAGUGAUUGAGUGUUAAGUAAGGUUUUGAUUGAGUUAAGUUUGACUUAAGGGAUUUGUUGGUAAAAAAAAAUAAUGCACGUUGAUAUUAUUAGAUAAUGGCAAAAGAUUAGGGACGCAGUUGAGGUCGAGUCACGCAACAAAUUGUUUUAAAAAAGAAAAGGCAGUUCCGAUGUGGACCUUUUCAAACCUGCAAUGCACAUGGCUAGUUGCGGAAAGAAACGAGCCAUUCAAAAUUUGAAUUGGUGGGGGGCUUAAUUGGCAUUAGUCAAUGCAAAGUGGGGCCAUCGAUCGAUUAAACGUACUAGUAAAAUAUUGUCACGAGAAUGAUCAUGCUCAUGUUUUUUGACAUUUUCUUCCAGUGAUUGACGUAGUAUUCGCAUUUAUGUUUAAUCUAUUGAUUAAGUUUCGAUCAAACAUCACUCCUUUAACCUAAUGUUGCUGGUGUUUGUUACCUGCCUGAGGUAAGGUUUAAUUUGCAAUGGAGAUUCUACUUAUAAUACACCGAAUCCGCUAAUCGUGAUCAUAAGGUAGGUUAUAGAUACUAAUACCGUGUUAUGAUGGACAUCUUUGCAUAGUAUGUUCACUCGGUCAUCAAGCCGUACUUAACAGACAAAAUUGAAAAGUUGAACAAACAGAUAAACCAGGAUUGAAACCGUAUAAGUCGUGAAAGUGAUUAGAUAGUCCAAUUUAAUCAACCCAGGUUUUGUUUGAGCUAUAUACGUACUCUGCCCAUUUUUGUUUGGAAG